AUGCCUACAGCUCAAUCCCUGAUAGCAGCAUGCGAAACACCGGACUCUUUAUUUGCUCGAUCAAACGAAGAGCUUCUACAUCUAGUGCACAAGGAGUUUCCCCAAGAGAUUGAUCGUCUGCGGCGGGCGUACUCUAUCCGAGAAGGGCCAUGGGACCCUCCGAGCACUCCGUCUCCAUCAUACAUUUUGUAUAAGAAAGAUUUCGACGAAGUCAACCGCACAUUAGUGGGAGUCCUAGCCCUGCGCUGGAUCCACACAGACCAAUACGAGACUUUUGUUGCUUCACAACCGGGCGAAACUCAGUUGACGAGAGCAUCCUUUGAUUGGAUUCGGGAAUAUUAUGCCCAAGUUAUUACAAACGGGAGAUCCCUAGCCGCAUUGAUCACAUCAAUCAUCCUCAACGAUCUAGGGAAAGAUCCGCAAUUAGCAUCGGAUUGCUGCGCACAGACUGGGGUGGAUAUCUCUUGUCUUAACCACAAUGCCAUUCUAUUUGAAGCUUGCAAAGCUGGCCUCCUCACUAAGCUAGAUGAGCUUCCCGAUCAAGACAGAGACGAUAUUAUUCGUGGUAUCGAGCUCAGUGCAACUUUCAACUUUGGCCAAUUGGCACAGGCGGAAAAUGUCCCGGCUUGUUUAACCGGUUUGCUGAAAAUGGAAGGCCAUGGCCGCAGCUUCAGGCUCCGCUUCAUGGAGCAACUGAUAAAUAUUGCCGGCGAGCUACUCCGAGAUAACAACGUGCGGGUAUACCAUGUUGAAGACAAGCUUGAAGACCGCGCUUUGAUUCGAUUGCUUUGUAUGGGAAAUGUGACUACGGCCGAGAAAGCUUUUCUCUAUGAAGGGGCAUGGUGUGCUUUGGAGGACCCAAUCAGGGAGACCCUGGUAAAAAGCCUCAAUUUGGACGGUCAAAGAAGUGAGCCAGCUGUUCAGCCGACUUAUAUCCCUGCUCUACUCGAUCUUAUCAAAGACGAGAAUGCAUUAAUUACAUUGCGCUAUCUUGCUCAGGUACUGAGUGCCAGAGACGUGGGUGAUCCUUUGGCCGUAGUUAUUGAGCGGAGUGUCUACAUGGUGCUGAAGGAAGUCAUUGGGAGCAAAGAAUUUCAAGAUGAUCCGUCUAUCUUGGAGAUGGUCGAUGUGCCAGACGGCGUGCCGGCAUUAGGGCCGUUGACAGAAUUCUGCCAACUGGGCACGACCCGGGAUCUGUGCGCAAUGCCCCCCCAGACGCCCGAGGCAUCGACCCUCAGGUGUGGGGGCCCUAAUCACGGUGCCUCGGAGGAUGAAUGGGUAAUAGAACCCUUUCAGAAAGGUGAAACGCCGACUUUCACCAACCAUCUCAAAGCUGGUAUUAAAGCCCUCGAAGAUGACCCUCAUGGCCUGUUAAUUCUUUCUGGCGGACCUACGAAGGAGCCCAGGACUAGAUUGAGCGAAGGUCAAUCGUACCUUAAUCUAGCAAAAGACAACAACUACUUUCAGGAUUGUUCAGGAAUCCCAUUUGACCCUUCUCGGGUGAUUGCAGAAAAUAGAGCAACAGACUCAUAUCAAAAUGUUCUGUUUUCCCUGGUUCGGUUCAAAGAAUAUGCAGGGGUCUACCCGCAGCGAGUCACGGUAGUCACCCACGAGUUCAAACGGGCUCGAUUCAUGAAGUGUCACUUUCCAGCUGUGGGACUUCUGCCUGUUGACCUUGGGCAAGAAGUGUACGGACAGAAAGUCUCGGUGAUCGGCAUGAACCCACCAGAGGAGGUGACAACAUCAGAGAGUCUCGUGCGCGGUGAACUUCUGAGUGGCAUUGGGCUUUGGAAAAUGGAUCUUUACGGCGUGAAUGAAUGUCUGGGGAGCAAGCGAACCAAACGGGGCUGGUUCCCUGAGAUGGUUGAUGAGUUCUCCAGCAUGGAUUUAGAGGACGUCGUACUGGAGUUACUUCGAUAUGAUGGAGGAAAAGAUCGCAACGAAUGGUUCUCGAAGCGAGAGGAUUUGCCAUGGUCUUAUGCUAAAAAUGAUGGAGCCCGACAGAAUUGA